CCUAUGUUUAAUCCCCGACUGUCCAUACGCAUGUCAUAACUGCUACAAGCGGUGUCGAGAGAAGACGCGGGACAGGCAAUCGCGUGCGAGGCCAUCUCAAAAUAGCCGUCUCUGUUUACACAUACAUGGCGUCUUUCAUUACCAUACCGUAAAAGAAAAAAAAAAAAAAAAGGAGAAAAAAACAAAUAUGUGUAUCUGAAUUUAGAAACCAAGGUAUGUGUCUCUGUGUCGUACCUUUGACUGGCUAAGGGUGCGGGAGUGAGUGCUCUUCUCUGCGUUCAAGUCGCUCUUUAAUUGCAAAGGUCAUAGGAAACCUCAACGACAGAUAACGGACGCCUUCAAUCCCGGGCAGAAAUGGACACGAGUCGUAGGUUUAAGGACAAGCCGAGAGGACACAGGGACACGCCCAGGCUCGUCUUCGGGCGGUGCCUCUGCCUCUCUCUAAGGGCGGGGGUCAUCAUAAUCGCUUCGCUGGAGAUUUGCAUCAUCGGCCUCGGGUUGUUCGCAGUCAUCCUGUUCGAGGCAACGGGACAAGACAGUGAGACCCCCGUGUCCGGCAGUGUCGUGGUGACCCUCUCCGGGCUGGCGCAGUUUCUCGUGUCUUGUUUGCUGCUGCAUGGAGCCAGAAAGCGCAGAGCAGGACCAAUCCAAGUGUGGCUGGCCGUGAGAUGCGUGACGCUGAUGCUCGAGGUGAUGCUGUGGAUGCUGCGGGAGCUUAUUGAUCAGCGCUUCGGGAUUUUCAUCUUCCUCACACUUGUCUUCCUCCUCACGCUCCUCAAUAUCCUCGUCGUGAGGUCCUAUUUGCACAAUAUGCAUGAGCGGAAGAUGGGUUGGCUGACACCGAUGACGUCAUAAAGGACAUCGUGCCAACGCAGGAAGUCAGCAGUGACGUCGUGUUGACAUGUGACGUCAGCAGAUCCAUUGUGCCAAUACAGGAAUAUAAAGGAGUCAUCACUAGGUUCUAGAAGGGUGGAUAGGGAGAUGGGAAGAGAAGAGGGGGAGAGAGAUAGGGAGAGGAGAGAGAGAGAGAGAGAGGAAAAGGAGAGGGAGAGGGAGAUGGGAAGAGAAGAGGGAGAG